CUGACGAUUAUCGCGUCCGGAUGCUUGCCGGUCGCGUACGGUGCGUGUAUACCGGCCAUGGGGAUGACCUGCGUAUUGAACAGUCUGAACAUGGUCACGGACGGCAUGACGACGCUUCGAGAAAUGCAGCCGAAAGUGUUCUACAACAUUCGAGUGGAAAUGCUCCGUGUGGCAAGCAAUCCUUCCGGUGCGUUUUUGACCCGUAUAGGCGAAUUCGUCGACAAAGUGGAAAUAUACGCGUUCCACGAGCAGGUGUUCCAGAUACUGGCCGGAACAAACCUGACCAAUGUGGAAGUUUUCGAGGGAAACUCGCUGAAACAGGCGAUAAUCGGCGAGGGUGAUAGCACGAUCGAAGUGCUGUCGUUUUAUAACAGCAAGCUCGAACAUAUCCCACCGACGAUCCGUAAUUUGAAACUUCUGACGGAUGUCACCAUCUCUCGAUGUGCUUUGCGGAACAUAUCGUUGAACGUGUUCAGCAAGAACGCCCGCCUGAAGUGGGUCGAUUUGAGUUACAACGAAAUUGCAACGAUAAUGCCCAUCGACAAUGCGGACGGCGAUGUCCCGCUCUCGAUCGAAAACCUUUACCUGUCAUCCAAUCGGCUCGAAAACAUCGAUAUGACAGCUUUCGCCGGGCUAUCGAAACUAGGCAUGAUUGAUCUCCGGUACAACAACCUGAUGAAGGUGGCAGCCGAACGUACCAUCACGUGGCCCAACAUGGAGAUGUUGGAUAUCAGCUACAACCAGCUGCGUACGAUCGACCUGCAAUGGUUAUCGGCACCGAACCUGAAACGUUUGAUACUGAGCAACAAUCUGCUGGACAAGAUCCCACAACGAUUGCGCCGCUUCCCCAAUCUGCAGCUUAUCGGGCUUAGCGACAACAAAUUCGCGGGAAUUGAUCUUGCCCCACUCAACGGACUGCCCGAGCUAAAUUCGAUCGACGUUUCCAACAAUCCCGCGACCCGGUACAUUCGAAGUUCGCGCCCGUUGCGACUGCCGAAGCUGGACACACUGUACGCCGAGACCUGCGCCUUGAGCCGGUUCAACACCACCGGUAUAGAUCUGCCGGUUGUUACCUUCAUCAGUUUGGCGCACAACAACUUCAGCACCGUUCCUCCGUUGGGCCAAGCAUUCCCGACGAUCGAGUCGUUCAGUUUGGUGGAAAAUCCACUGUCCUGCAACGUGCUGAAGGCACGCGCAGACAUCAUUCUUUCGGGAAGAUUAAUUAUGGGACCACCGCAGGAUCCAAGCGAUUGUCCGAACGGGUCCACGCAAAUCAAAGAAUCUUUCUUGGUGUGCUGUAAAGCUUGA